AUGUGCAGUGUGACAUUUGAGAGCGUACGAGAUGUUCAAGAAAUUGAGCUGGAGCGGGUUCACUAUGUAUAUGGAAUUUCAUCUUCCGAUUUUAAGCAUCGUUGGUGGCCGGCUGAGGAGUUCCGCCUGUAUCGUUAUACUCUACUGAAUUCCAGAGCACCCAAAGAAACUGAUCUUCAGAAACCAGUCAAGUUGGUUUUCCCAGCUGAGUUUAAUCAGCAACGGCCUUCACGUGGAAUAGUUCCAUUUGCAAGUCCUGGAGCAUCCAAAGGUCUUCCAGAGGUUUUAGAGGAACAGACCUCCUUUAGCCAUCGGUACAAUGCCAGAGACUCUGCUAAUGAACCCAUCUGAGGAGAGCGACAUGGAGCUUUUGUGUGUGCAGAGAUAAAACCAGCAAGGUCAAUAGUUCCUAAGGGAACAGAAAUAUUCCUGAGUGCUAGAGGGUCAUGUUCACUAGAAUGGCCAAAAACAGAGAAAGGAAACUCAGUGAAAAGACGAAUGACCUCACCAAGUCUCUUCCUGCAGAAUUCCUAG